AUGGCCGCACAGCAGCCUGGGGCCGGUGGCGCGCACAGCAACGGCUUCUCCCUCUUUCCCAACCCCAACAUCUCGAGACCGCCGCCACCGCCCGUCAUCCGGUUACACCCCAACCCCCGGCCGAAGCGCUCCGCGUCGUCGCGGGAGCGCGCGGCCCGGCACGACGACGACCACUCCCAGCAACAGCACCAGUCGAGGUUAUAUACGCCGCCCGACCAGUGUUCUGACUCGGACUCGCCGCCACCGCCAUCAUCGCCUCCGCAACAGCAGCAGCCAGACAUGUCGCCGCAACAAAGGGCCCCUCUGCAGUUUGACCCCGUCGUCGCCGAGACGCCCGGGCGCCGCAGCUCCAUUGCUAAGCCGCCUCUGGACGACGGCAGUGGCGGCGGCCCGUCAGGGUCCUCCUCCAGCCGCCGGGGGCCACCGCCGGCGCCGCUUCGCUCCAUCUUCCCCACGUACAACCCGGAGCUGCCGCUGGACCAGCAAGCGUACGGGCCGACACAGAUGAGCCCGUCCCACAUUCCCCGCGCCGUCAUCAGUCGGCAGAGCUACUACGACCCGGACGCCAUGAGCACCACCACCAUUGGCCAGGCCUACACGACAGAGCCGGUGCCGCCGCUCCCUGUACAGCAGUCGCCGCCGCCACCGCAACAGCAGCAAGACAACAUGGCGGCGUUUUCGGCCGUGCCUCGCGGACCAACCCGCCCGAACAACACGCGCAGCAGCCCGCCCGUCAUCCCCAAGACGAGCACCACGGAGCAGCUCAAGACGUUUUGGAAAGCGGCCAACGGCUGGAAGGCAGCGCCGUCCGAGGGCCGCGUCUUUUGCCUGGCGCUGUCACAGCGCCGCGACGCGCCCGUCUACACGCUCUCCUCGGCCUCGCAGCCGCUGUACACGCUGCGUCUCGACCCGACCUCUGCCUCGGCCCUGGUCACGCUCUCCCGGCACGACCCGGGCAAGACGCACAAGGCGGGCAAGAAGCCGGAGCGGCGGUCAUCUUCCGCCGCCAGCAGCCCGGACACGGCACCGGAGCCCGCGUCGUCGUCGUCCAAGCACUGGCAGCAGGUGCUCCGCACGACGCUGGAGGAGGAGGCCCGGCGGCACGCGCCGGGCGACGGCCUGGUGGCGCUGCUGAUGCCGGACCCGGCGACCAAGAUGGCGGUGGAGCGGGCGGGGGAGCCGGCGCUCGUGGCCAUGGCGGAGCGCGAGUGCGCGCGGCUCGUGUGGGACGACGACAGCGCGCGGCACUACCUGGUGCACCCGGCGCUCGCGGCGCCGUUUUGCGUCACCGUCGACCGGUGCCCCGCGUGGUCGCGCGUCGCGUACACGCUCGAGCACCACGAGUCGCCGCGGCCGCUGGCCAAGCUGACGCGCGACGGCGGCGCCGGCGCCGGCUGGCUCGAGGUCGACACAGCCGUGGCCGCGCACAUUGAGGCGUACUACGUCAUCGACGUCGCCGUCGCCGCGCUGCUGCUGGUCGCGGCCGCGGACGAGCGCACGGCGGCGGCGCCGCCGCGAGAGACGUUUGAGCCGCCGCCCGUCGUGCCACCCGCCGCCGCCGCCGUACGCAGUGAGAGUCGUGGCAGCGGCCGCUUUAGCCGCCUGAGCAGCAGUCGCAACGACGACGCGGGCAGGAAGAAGAACAAGAACAAGAGGCGGCCGGUGGAGGAGUUUGAGAUGGAUUUGGAGAGCCAGGACGGCAGCCUGGCAAAGAGCAGUGGCCGGCUGCGGCGCGCCCGCAGCAAGAGGAGGAGCAGGGCCGAGGAAAAGGAGGACAAGCUGCCGUUUUUGCUGCGGGCCGGCAUCAAGGUCGCCAAGGGCAUGUUCAAGUGCAUCAUCUGGGUCCUGACGGCCGUCUUUCGGAUGCUGUUUAGCUGCGUGCGGUCCAAGUACUAG